AUGAUGAGAAUAACUCAACCCAAUAAAUAUAUUUAGCUAUAGCUAUAUUUGCGGAAUAACAAUCAUUUGAAAUAUUUGAAUCAUUUCAUUCGGAGAAAUCCACCACUUAAUUUUGAAUCGAGUUCAAUUUAAUAAAUUUCAACCGAUGAUGAACAAGAAUACCAUAGCAAAUACGAAAUUUAAUACUCAAGUUAAUGACGAGGUAUCUCAUGAGGAAUCUGCUGUUUGGCAGCAAAAGUCUCAAAAAGCUUGGGAACUGUUUACUGAAAUUCGUGAUCAAGAAGUAUCUCCAACAACGAAACAUAUUUUUGAUGUAUUUGUAAUAAUACGUGAAUUGAAACAUGAAGCGGAACAAAGUAUGAAUGUUCAAGCUUCUGCCAAAAGAACUUUCGAAGAUUGUUUAUCAAUUGAAAAUACUUUGGUCGAAUUCUUGAAAAAUGUCAUUUAUUCAGAAGAUUCAAUUGAAUGUCUAGAUCAACCGACUACAACAAUCGAACCAGUAAUCAAUGAGACAACAAUCGAACCAAUAAUCAAUGAGGAUCGACGAGAUCCGGGACCAUCAAGCGAAGAUAAUUGCUUAUUUUGUAAUGGGUUUCAUACAUCCUAUGCAUGCAAUAUGAAUAAUUUGGAUAAAAUCAUCAUAUUGUCGAACGAAGACCGUUGCUAUAAAUGCUUUAAUCAGGGUCAUUUUUGCUCCGAAUGCGACAAAGAAAGUUGCAUUAAAUGUGGAGGUGACCAUGACAAAAAUAUUUGCCAAUUAGAUAUUUAG